AUGGAUUCCAAACUACUAUCCAAAGAUUCUAUGCAAUCAACAUGGCGCACAGCCCCUCGCAGCGAAUGGAACAUCAGUCAUUACCUACUAGACGCGCUGAACGCCCACCCCAUCGACCUAAACAAAGAGGUACCAGUGCACAGCAAAGAUGAGAAAGUGCCAUACAUGCCGCAGUGGUAUCUUCAACGCUGGGUUCUCUUCUACUCAGCCAUCCCCCUCCUCCUCCAUGAGACCUACAUGGCAUUCACCGGCCGGACCAUAGGCCCAAUCACCGCCUUCAACUUCUACUUCUUCGCCUUCAACGCGACAGUGAUCUACGAAGUGCACAUCCUCCGGCGUCUCGGUCACAAAUACGGCUUUUUAGACGGCGACAAGCACGCACGCGACGGCGUUCCCGACGUCGGCGUCGCUAAAGUAGUAGCCUCGCUAUACAAAACCACCGGAUCCCGGUUAAUCCUCUCAAUCUUCCUAUCCUACAACAAAGCCCAAAGACCCUCGCAGAUGUCCUGGCUCUGGCUACCCCUCGAAAUCGGACUAUACGGCAUUGUCCUCGACUUCUGGUUCUACUGGUACCACCGACUUAUGCACGACGUGAGCUAUCUAUGGAAAUACCACCGAACCCACCACCUGACCAAACACCCCAACCCGCUGCUCGCCGCGUACGCGGAUCACGAGCAGGAAUUCUUCGAUAUGGUCGGCGUACCGGUGAUGACAUACUUUAGUUUGAAACUACUUGGUUUGCCGAUGGGGUUCUACGAGUGGUGGAUUUGUCAUGAAUACGUUGCGUUUGCGGAGGUGUUCGGCCAUAGUGGACUGCGGAUUCAUUCGGGUGUACCGUCGACGCUGAACUGGUUGCUGCAGAUGUUUAGUGCGGAGAUUGUGAUCGAGGACCAUGAUUUGCAUCACCGGAAGGGUUGGCGGAAGAGCCAUAACUAUGGCAAGCAGACGAGACUGUGGGAUCGGGUUUUUGGGACUUGUGCGGAGCGUAUUGAGUCUGUGGAGGGGAAUGUGGAUUAUGAGAAUAUGGCGGAGAUGCCUUUAUUCUAG